GAAAGGUCAGCAUUUUGUUGCAGAACGGUCUCCUUCAGCUCGCCCUCCAAUCGGUGACGCCUGCUCCUGUCGUGUGUUGUGGGGAACAGCUCCAAAAAGUCACUUUAAUAUAACACUAGCAUCUUUUUUAUUUGGUACAAUGGCCGUGCCUCCCACUUAUGCUGAUUUGGGCAAGUCUGCCAAGGAUAUCUUCAACAAAGGCUAUGGAUUUGGCCUGGUGAAGCUUGAUGUCAAGACAAAGUCAGCUAGUGGAGUUGAAUUCAAAACAUCUGGUUCAUCCAACACUGAUACCAGCAAAGUUGCCGGGAGCCUGGAAACCAAAUACAAGCGCCCUGAAUAUGGUUUGACUUUCACUGAGAAGUGGAAUACUGACAACACCUUAGGAACAGAGAUCGUUAUUGAAGAUCAGAUUACAAAAGGACUUAAGUUGACAUUUGACACAACCUUUUCCCCAAACACUGGUUACAGCAAUGACGGCAAUGAGUUUGCUGGCUCCAUCUACCAGAAGCCCAAUGACAAGCUUGAGACUGCAGUCCAACUGUCUUGGACUGCCGGCAGCAACAGCACAAGCUUUGGCAUUGCUGCAAAAUACCAACUGGACAAAGAUGCCUCCAUCAGCGCUAAAGUUAACAACAAUAGCCUUGUGGGUGUUGGGUACACCCAGACCCUUAGACCAGGUGUAAAGCUGACCCUUUCUGGUCUGAUUGAUGGGAAGAGCAUCAACGUAGGAGGCCACAAGCUCGGUCUGGGUUUGGAGCUGGAAGCCUGAACUGUCAUACUGCAAGGGACUAGGGAAUAUCAGAAGAAUCGGGCCUUAACUCCAUUUUCAACUCAAACCAGCAAAGGGAAAUUGCCGUGAGAUCAUAUCAAAGGCUUCUGCAACACACAUCUGUGCACCACAUCAAGUCGGUGCUGUUUGUAGUCAUGUUUUUUGUUUUUUUAUGUAUUGUACGACGUGGACGCUUCAAUUCCAAGUCUAUCAUUGUCAUUUUAUUUAAUAAUAAUCUAUCUAUCCAGUACUGCCAUAAUAAUUUAGUAAUUAAAUCCCUCUGUACAACUAUGUGUGGCUGUAGGAAUAUUCAGACACUCCAUUGUUGUUCCAUUUGUUUAAACAUAAAUGCAAACCUUUUUUUUUUUCCUAAAGGGUCGUCAUAUUUUGUUCACACCUAAAUUACACUACUUCUGUGUUUGAGUACUGACCAUGCACCCAAGGACCUCAUUGUUGUUCCGUUAUGUUGUUUGAGGCUGGGAUGUUUUAGCAAAGCUAAACAUGUGACCUUCCCCUUAACUUAGCAGUUUUGGGGUUACUUAAAGUGGGAAAGAAACCUGCAUGUUGCAUAUCACCCAAGCAGAGGUUUUGUUUUUAUUAUUAUGCAACACCAGAUGACUGUGGAGCACAAUGUUCAAUGAUGCCAAACUUUAAAAUUCUUUGAAGAAAAUGUAAAGUUGCACAGGUGCACUAUAGAAAGCUGUGCUUCUAUUCUAAGUGGAGAACGAUCAUGGGAGAAGUCUUUGAGGUCCCUUUGUUUAUGAAUGGAUUUUCAAUAAAGUCUUUGAAGCUGAA